CUGGUUCUAUCGAUACCUCCGUUGGGUGCAAUGUAUUUAUUUUAUUAUUAUUAUUUUUAACUUUAAAAACAGAAUUCAAUUCAUAGCUUUCUUUCCUUAAUCCUCUCACUUCAUCUUCAACUUUGACUCCAUUUUUCUUCUCUCUGUGCCUUCGCGCUUCCACCCCGGAUUGAAAAUCGGCGUUCGUUUCAUCAUCUUCCAUGGAAUUAUCCUCCUGAAACCCUAACCUGAUCCGGACUUCCAACGAGGCAAGUAUUUCUACACUCCACUCCAUUUCUUUCAUCUCUUGGUUUUCCAGAUAUCCGGCCUCUGCCAGUUCUUCUAAACUUCGGCUUCUUGUAACGUUCGUCAAUCCUGCUUUCUUGCGAGCUUCAAUUGGAAAUGGCUUGUCAAGUCGGUGACGGGACAGUUUCUAGUGGUUUGGCUCGAAUUGUAGGGAAAUGUAAAACAAUUGGUGAUAAAACGCGGUCGUCGUUUUUGACAUUAAAGCAUGGAGAAGUUCGUGUUACGUCCCAACUUAAUCGCAAUUGCAAGGUUUUGUGUAAUCGAAAUGGAACUGGAGAUUGCCGUUUGUCCACAAGUUGUAGACGCAAUGGCCUGUUCAUUCCACCUGUUGUACACCGCAGAAAUGUCCGUUUUAUUGUGGCUAGGAAUCAGUUGAGCUCAGAUUGUGGGGUGGAUUCCUCGGAAGUGAAGGAAAGUUUGUGUCUAGAAGAAGAUGAUGCGAAUUCAAGGGAUCGGAAUGGCGCAGCCCAUUGGAAAGAACUUCCCCACCAUCACCAACAGCCUGUGGACGUUAAGCGUGAGCUUCUAGUUCUAUGCGCACCUGCAAUUGCUGGACAAGCUAUUGAACCGUUUGCACAGCUUAUGGAAACUGCUUAUGUUGGAAGAUUAGGUGCCUUGGAGUUGGCUUCAGCUGGUGUUUCUAUAAACAUAUUUAACUACAUAUCAAAGGUUUUUAAUAUACCUCUACUGAGCGUAGCUACUUCUUUUGUUGCUGAGGAUAUUGCAAAGCUUGCCAUUGAAGAUCCUCCGUCAGGUUCUUUUGAUUCCUUAGAAGGCUGUCCUGAUUGUAAACUUGUUGCUCGGUCAUCUGAGAGAAAGCAAUUAUCUUCAGUAUCUACAGCCCUAUUGUUGGCAGUUGGAAUUGGACUUUGUGAGGCUUUGGCGUUGUAUUUUGGAUCUGGAAUAUUUCUUAAUAUCAUGGGCAUUUCUCCAGAGUCGUCCUUGCGCAUUCCAGCCCAACAAUUUCUUUCACUUAGAGCCCUUGGUGCUCCUGCUGUUGUUCUUUAUUUGACUCUUCAAGGAGUUUUUCGGGGUUUUAAGGAUACCAAAACUCCUGUUCUAUGUCUAGGAAUUGGCAAUUUAUUAGCUGUCUGUCUUUUUCCAAUAUUAAUUUAUCAUUUUCAAUUGGGCGCAACUGGAGCAGCAAUUUCCACUGUUGUGUCUCAAUAUGCGAUUGCCUUUUUGAUGUUAUGGUUUCUCAAUAAAAGAGCUUUACUACUGCCGCCAAAGUUUGGGGCAUUGCAGUUCGGUGUGUACAUGAAAUCUGGUGGUUUUCUUCUUGGAAGGACUCUUUCUGUUUUAACCACUAUGACGUUGGGCACAUCAAUGGCUGCACGUCAAGGUGCAGUGGCUAUGGCUGCACACCAAAUAUGCAUGCAAGUAUGGUUAGCAGUAUCUCUUCUUACUGAUGCACUUGCUGCUUCUAGCCAGGCCAUGAUCGCAAGCUCUGUAUCAAAAGGUGAUUACAAGACUGCAAAGGAAGUAACUGGCUUAGCCUUAAAGAUAGGAUUGCUCACUGGAAUCAUAUUAUUUGCAAUUCUUGGGUCAUCUUUUGGUUCUCUUGCCACCUUGUUCACCAAGGACGCUGACGUUUUAGGAAUUGUUAGAACUGGAGUCCUGUUCGUUAGUGCCACUCAACCUUUGAAUUCUCUGGCAUUUGUUUUUGAUGGUCUGCAUUAUGGUGUUUCAGACUUCCCAUAUGCAGCUUGCUCAAUGAUGGCGGUUGGGGUCGUCUCUUCUUCCUUUUUGCUAUGUGCUCCUUCCAUUUGGGGUCUUCGCGGCCUGUGGUGGGGCUUGUCUCUCUUUAUGGGCCUGCGUACUGCAGCUGGUUUUGCCAGAUUGGUUUCCAAAAAUGGUCCAUGGUGGUUCCUGCAUAGUAAUUUCCAAAAUACCAAGGUUCGGACAUCCCCAUAGCUUUCUUAUAAUGGUUUCAAACUUCUUAAUGUCAUCAUUUUCUAAUUCUUAAAAGACUUUUCUUUUAAGGUCUCUCAUUCCAGCCUCGUAUUUUCUCA